CAACGAUGGACGUGCUCAUCCAUCCCAGCACACAUCCAACAGCGGACACAGUAGCACAGUCUCUGACUUCCCUCCUCACCCCUCACUACCUCCCACAGCUCAUCUCAUCCGCAGCCCUCGCAUCUCCAGCUUAUCCUUGGCACUCCACGUGUGCUCUCCUGGUCCUUCUCGGUCCACCCGCUGAUCACACAGCAGUCCGCAAAUACAUUGAGACCGGCGGGAGAGUGCUCGCUUUGGGGGCGGGGACAAAGCAGUCCCAUGGAAUAUUCGGCGCUCAUGAUUCACUGCACGCACUCUCCGGCGGUGGAGUGCUCGGACUUGGAACCGAUACUAGCGUCUUUCGUUUGACCGAAGGGUUGACGUCGUUCCAUAUCGAUUUUCCAACGCAGACCCCUUCACAAGCUACCAUUGAUAUCGAUGCGACACAGAUUCACGUAUCUCGUAUACCUUUGGCAAAGAUCGACGUCGACGCCAGCAAGGUAAACGUUCUUGCCCGUUUCUCCAACGACAACUCGCUUGCCGGCGUGUCGUCCCAAAGCGGUCACAUCGCAAUUUGGUCAUGCGCACCAUCCCUACACGAGAAACUUGUCCAUGCAACCUUCGCGGCCUUGGGUUUGCGCUUUGGUGCUCCAUCGUACGAUCGACAGUCAUCGGCUACGCACAUCCUUCCACAAUUACUCCUUGCGAGCCCAACUAAUUGGAAAGCCCGGGACCUCGUCCUACAGUCCCUGUUUCCUGGGCGAGAUAUCCAUGAUGCAUUCGCUUCCCUUGGCUUUCAACCCGAUGACGGUAAAGCGCCACGCCAGCUUGACGAGCUGUCCGAUAAGAUGCGUUUCUCCGACGCAAACGAUUCAUUCCAUUUUCAUCCCGUCAGUGAAUUUUCGUCGACAGGGGGCUCGGACCAUCCGAUACUCCAGCUCCUUCCGCAGUCGGCAACCAGUUCCACGGAGGAAGUGAAGGAUGUCAUCCUCCCAAAGCAGCCCCUUACCCUUGGGCAGGAGCAGCUUUAUACUCCCUUGUUCUCACCGUCUACCUUUUUCUCUGCACUCGACCAGUUCCGUGUUCGAGAUAACAGUGCUCACACGGAUGCCUCCUCUUCCUGGAAAAUGGGAGACGUGCUUAUGUAUGGUGAGGUUGUCACUAGCACACAAAGCUUGCUAGACAAGAACCCAAAAUUCCUCCGCGCUCUCCCGUCUCCCAUCCUUUCCUUUGCAUCGAAGCAAACCGCUGGACGAGGGAGGGGUGCAAAUGCAUGGGUAUCACCAGAGGGAUGCAUACUAAUGUCCCUCCUCACUCGUGUACCCCUCAAGAGCACCGGACCAGGCGCACUUCCCGCUCGCUCGAUUCGAGCCUCCAACCUAAUAUUUGUUCAGUACCUCUUUGCGAUCGCGGUAGCCGAAGCAUGUGAUGUCCUCGACCCAUCCGGUCGAUGGGCUGACAAAAUCAAACUCAAAUGGCCCAACGACAUAUACGGCGAGUUCCCCGCCGCCCAAAAAGAUCCGGGUAAGAAGUAUGAAUGGAAGAAGCUCGGUGGGAUACUGGUCAAUUUGCAUUUUGAGGGAGGGAUGGUAGAUAUCAUCAUCGGUUGCGGGCUGAAUGUCCUGAACGAACUCCCCAUCGCCUCUCUGGCACAAUUGGGGGCUCUCGGAAGCGAUACUCAGGCCUCGUCUAAUCCCCGCAUUGAACGAGUCGCCGCAGCCAUACUAGCCAGUUUUGAACGUAUAUGGGAAUCGUUUCUCGACGACGAAGAACGCGGGUUCGAACCUUUCCUCGAUCGCUACACUUCAAGAUGGCUACAUUCGAAUCAAAUCGUCACGCUGACCACGACCACACCACAUACUACCGUGCGUAUCGAGGGUAUCACCACGGAUUAUGGACUCUUGCGAACGGUACCGCUGAGUGGCGGCCGUGCAUCCGGAAGUAGUCACUACAUCGAUUUACAGCCAGACGGUAAUAGCUUCGAUAUGAUGAAGGGGUUGAUAAAGGUGAAAGGGACGUAGUGAUUACGAAGCUGCUGUAGGGGUCAGAGUGACAUGAGGUUUGGUGUAACAUGACAUCUAAAAAAAUCUGGGUCCUUGUAUUCGGUUUUAGAGAGCACAUAAACAGUGGACGGCGUGUACAUGAACUGGCGUGUAUUGAGAUAUCGAGUUCACAGAUGAGACUGUAAGGAAUACUUAAGGGUAUGAAGAACAUAUCCCUGCCGUAGGCCUUAGCGUCCCUCGUGAGUCAUAGUCGACGUCUGCCUUGGAAUUGCCGCUGCAGCCCUAACCAUAUGAUG